GGAGCCAAGGGUUGCAAACGGGUGGGAUAGCUAAGAAUGGGGAAAGAAUUGGGAGGGAGACUCUUUUCAACUAUAGGAGGCCGGGGGAUUGGAGAACCUGACAAGCACUGAAGAUGCAGCCCAAGGCCACCCUCUGGAGCCCGCUCAGCCCACGGGAAGAUCCCCGCGAGCCCCAGCUCGGUUGCUCCCGCUCUCGCGAUACUGGCUCGGUUGCUCCCGGCUCCUGCUAAGCCCCGCCCCUCCACCGCAGCCCCUCUAUCGUCAUUUCCUGUGGGUCUGCAGGCAAAGGGAGAAGAUGGCGGCGUUGGGGGAACCUGUGCGACUGGAGAGGGAUAUUUGUAGAGCAAUUGAAUUGUUGGAAAAAUUACAGAGGAGUGGAGAGGUACCACCACAGAAACUUCAGGCUUUACAAAGAGUCCUUCAGAGUGAAUUCUGCAAUGCUGUAAGAGAGGUAUAUGAACACGUCUAUGAGACUGUGGACAUCAGUAGCAGUCCUGAAGUGAGAGCUAAUGCAACUGCAAAGGCUACUGUUGCUGCAUUUGCUGCCAGCGAAGGACAUUCUCAUCCUCGAGUUGUUGAGCUACCAAAAACAGAGGAAGGCCUUGGAUUCAAUAUUAUGGGAGGCAAAGAACAAAACUCACCAAUCUAUAUAUCUCGAAUAAUCCCAGGUGGAAUUGCUGAUAGACAUGGAGGUCUCAAGCGAGGAGAUCAACUCCUUUCUGUCAAUGGAGUGAGCGUCGAAGGGGAACAUCAUGAGAAAGCUGUAGAACUGCUGAAGGCAGCUCAAGGAAAAGUGAAAUUAGUAGUACGAUACACACCCAAGGUCUUAGAAGAAAUGGAGUCACGCUUUGAAAAAAUGAGAUCAGCAAAACGUAGGCAACAGACUUAAUGCAGUUAAAAACUUGAUAUUUCAUUUUGCUUUUAGCUAGAGAAGUUUUACUUGUGACCUACUGAUGGCCGCAAUGCCAAUGAUUGUAAAAAAAAACAAACUUCCCUUGAAAUCCUCCUUGCCAUUUUAUAAAUACCUAUUUUAACAUCAUUUAUGCUUCCCAAGAUGCGUACACUUUUUUCUGACAAAAAAAAAGUAAAAAGGUGAUGAGGGCAAUUCUGUCCUGCUGUUUUUACAGGCCUUUUUCAACAAAUGCAGAUUUUGUCAUAAAGUUGUUAUAGAUUUUUAAAAAUGCUUUUUUAAUAUUAAAAUGUACUUUUACAUUCUUAAUCUUUUUUUAGGGAAAAAGAUUUUCUUUAUUUGGCCGCUUAUUUAAAAAUAACAGUACUUCAUUCUUUUUUUGCUUUAUUUUUUUUUUAACCUUAACAUUUUAUGAUUUUCCAAGAAAUUAAAUAAAAAAGCCUCAGCUACAGCAGUUCAUUACACUAUCAAUGUUAACAUCACUGCUGCGUUUUCUAUUUGGAACACGCACAUAAUAUAUAAAAUCAAUGGUAAAUUAUAACUCAGCAGAGUGGAAGUUUUUUACUUUUAUUUAAACAUAAUAUAUAAUGAAUAUUCAUUUAUACUGAUUUAUAAAAGUUUUUAAACACUGAAACAAUCAUUGCUAAGAUAAAUACAUAUUCUUUCAUAAUUGAGUAGUGAGGCAAGAUAAUGUAAUUAGAUUGUUAGCAUUAUUGAUUACAUCUCUGUAUUCAACAACAUAUCAUAAGUUACAAAUGCAAGAUUUAGGUUUCAUCUUUUGCAAAUUUUUUUAAUGCUGUUCAUUUUUAUUUAAGUAUAUUUCUUAUAUUUUAUUCUUUCCAUUCUUAGAGAUGAGCCAGUUUGUGGUGGGAGAUAGCAAAGAAGAAAAAGUAAUACCUUUGACCUCACUAGCCUCAAGAGUUAUAUAUACUCUUAAGUAGCUCAAUUUAAAGAAUUGAUAUUUAAUAGGACAAAGAUUAAAGGAUAUGUUUAAGAUAUAUAGAAGUUAUGAGAUGAUACAUUCAUAAGAACCUGCAGACACUUUGUCAAAAUGAGUAGGAACUUACAUUGAAAGGGAUUUGAGAUGUCCUUGUUUAUGAUUCAUAUAAUGAUGGGAACUUUAAGAGAUACUUUGAUUUGUCCACUGGAUGUCACUGUUUUACUGAAAGGCAACUGUUAAUAGUGGAUGAUGACCGAGGUCUUUUUAAAGGCAGAAAUUAAAGAAUUGAGAUUCAUUUUCAGAUACAACUUAUAGGAACAUUUGUACAGCUUUUAAAAAUUCUAGGUGACAGGUGCUAGAAAGAAAAUAAUGGAUUGAAAUAUAUAAGGAAUUUAGUAUAAUUAUCAACUCUGUGUAAAGAGUGGGCAUUUGUGACAUUCCUUCAGGAAGAAUAGAAAUGUGUAUCUUUUUCUGCAUGUUUGUGAGCACUGUGAGUCAAUUAUUCCAGUUUUCAGUGAUUUUCAGAAUCAGAGUCAAUCGGCAUUGUUGUUUAUCACUUAGGUAUUGAACACUGGAUUGCAUGGUUGAAUGUGUCUUUCUCCACUACAAAGUAUGCUUGUUAUCAAUAGGAUCGUGUUAUAAAAUUGUGUAUUUCCAAAAUUAAUUGAUGUUUUUAAAAUGUUGAGACCAAAGUAGCGUAGAAGAAUUAUGGACUUAAUUUAAUUGUAAAAUUAUUAGAGGUAUUUGUUGUAGAGCUUUAUAUAUUAAAGAGAGGUAUUGGUGCAUAUGAAAACAGUAAUAUUAUUGUUAUGCUUGUAUUCUUGCAUCACAGGGUAAGUAAACCCUGAAGAAAUCUUGUUUUAGCAUUGCUACCAGCUGCAGUAGCUUUUAAGGGUGUGUCAACAUUUCAUUAUAAAUUAUAGCUUCCUGGUUCAGUAUCUCAGCUGUUUUAGAACUUUCAGCCAAGCUAAAUCUUUUCUGGUGUCGAAACUUAGUAAGUUGAGUAAGCUUUUUUUUUUUUUUUUUCCCUGCAGUAAUCCACAAUCUGUUCUUUGUGUGGGUUGGCACUUAUUUAUAAUUCUUAAAAUAUGGAUAGCUUAAAAGAGCCAAAUACAGUAGUUUUGCUUGCUCCUGUUGAGCAUGAGUAGCAGUAGUUUAUUUUUGUUAAUGCAGUUUCAUAGUGUAUCCCAGAAUUUUAAAUCCUGACCAUAGGAAAAUGCAGUCAUUCAGUGGCAAUGAUGUACAGUCGUGGUCUAGUAUAGUGAGGAAAUGAAGGGUAUUUUCAUCUUACAAAUGUGUGAUUCAUGGACAUAACCAGGCACAUAGUAAAUAUAUAAUAGGUGUUUGACUCGUAAAUUAUAAAUACAAAUUAUCUUCCCUCCCCAGUUUCCAUUUAUCUUCUUGGUAUUUCAAGAUGGGUUGACUCAGUGAUUCUCAACCUAAGCUGCAUAUUAGAACACCCAGCAGACCUUUAAAAAAUAAUGAUGCUUGAGUACUGUCCUCUUACCAGCUAAAUCAGAAUCUCUGAGGUGAGACCAGACACGUAUUUUUUUUUUAAGUUUUCCAGCCGGUUCUAAAAGACACCUAGGGUUGAGAACCACCAGUUUUCCCCUUUGUAAGAUGCUCUAAGUACACUGGAUUCUGUUUGAAAGUAUCAGAAUAAUUCAAUUUACAGCUAUUAUUAAAUAUCUGCCAAUGUAAUGGUUUGUUAUAUUUCUUAAAGAAUAAAAGAUACUUGGCAUUCCUUAUUUGGGAAAUAAUUACAGUUUACCUUUUUCUUUCUUUUUUUAAAUAAAAUCUACCAGUAGUUUAAAUGUAAACUUUUAAUGUCUGCCAUCUUUCUGCCCUCUUUGCCUUUAAAACUUUCAAAAAUAAAUGUUUAUUAUUUGAGAAAGCAUGCUAAAAAAUUGCAGAUAAGAAAUAUUGUUUUUGAUAAUUAUGCACUGUCUUAAUAUGGCCACUUUAUGCAUUAGUAUAACACACUCAUUAUAGUGGCCUAGUUAUUUGGGGUUUGAUAAUGCAGAUAUGUUUUUUUAAAAAGUCAUUGUCUUCGUCUUCUAAAUUUUUGAAAGUUACUUUGCUCAAGUACUUAGUUUGGCUCAAGUACUUUGUUUACAAUAUAAAUAGAUAUUAUAACAUUUAAUAGAAGAAAUGGCUAUGGCUUAUCUGAAAAGAAUGUCAGCAUGACUUGGUGUAUACUUAAAAGAAUACGUGUUGUGAAUAUUCUAUUAUGUGGAAUGAUCAUUGGAAUAUCAAGGACUCUAGUAAUUGUAUUUCCUGAAUAAAUGUAUGUUUAUGAAUUUUCUAACUUA